AAGAAAAGCACAGGAGAGGACGACGAUGAUGAUUCUUUGAUGAUACAGACUUUGACUGCUCUUUCUAUUCUUCACUCCCUUAUCGCGCAUAUCCUCUUGUUCCCGCGCAAGUUUUCUGCGGAUUGUCCCCCCGGAGCUGGGGUCGCAGCUUGAAUCCCGAAGAUUUAUUUAGGUCUUCCAUGCUGUUUACUGUUGUCUUUUGAAUCGCCAUCUCCCCCAAAUCAACACAUUGAUCGACUACCACACCAUCUUCAAGAUGUCCUUCCAGGUCCCUUCGAGUCCUUCGACUCCCGACAAAUCUCGCAGCUUCCUCAGCAAUGUUUCGACAACUCCUGCCGGUGCCCCGUCGGCGACCAACUCCUUCACACCGCAUGGUUUUCCUGGGUCCACUGUCUAUGGGAGCUCCCAGAUUGGUGGUGGCUCGCAGUUCAGCGAAUCCUCUCAGUCCCUCUUCACUAAAUCCGGAAGAAUCAACCCCAAUGACAGCAUCUUUGGUUCCUCGAUUGCUUCGAACGAUUUUGCCGCGCCGCCUCGGGCGAAAUCCAAGGGCCUCUCGGAGAAACCGUUUGCUGCAUCGCAGUCAAUGUUCAGCAUGACGAAUGGCAGUAGAUUUGGUGAAUCAAGCAACUUUGGGGAAUCCACCGGGUUUGGUUCUUCGCAGAUGAGUGAGGAUAUUGAGGAGGACAUGGAAGAGGAGAUGGAACCGGAGGAAGAGACGGAGGAAGAGGAUGCCGAUGGCGACGAGGACAUUCAACAGCCAUCUAAACCAUCUGUCCCUCGCUUCAGCUUUCUGGACUCUCACAUUGGAAAUCCCCUUCCUCCUCCAUCCGCCGCGGCGGCGCAGCGAAAGGCGAUAUACUCAAACCCAACUAACGCCAAACGACCCAAGCUCGAUGAGCGGUGGGCAAACCAGUCGCCCUUGCGUAAAACGAAGCUGUCGCCCAAAAAGGUCUCCGCAAUGCCUUCUAUCGUCCGCAACUUUGCUUCUCGAUCGCGAACUGCCCCGGUCGAUGAGCCGAGUAAUGUUAUACUCGGUACGGAGGACGAAAUCUGUCGAAUGUAUGAUGAAGCAAGGAACUCGGAGCGUGACACGGACUUUGAAGUCACCCUAUCAGAGGUUGUAAAUCGACUUGCGGCUACGUGGAAGGAAUCUACGCAACCAAAGGGAAUAUCUCGGGGAGCUGGCAUUGGUCCUGGAGAAAACGCCCCUAAUGUCGCCAAAGCCAGCUUCAUCGCCUCACUUCUGCUCCAACUACAUCACCCACCUCCGGCCAAUACAAAGUCAGGAAGCUUUUCUAAUCCUUUCGGGCGCGCACUGCCCCGAAGUCUUGUGCUAGCUGGCCCCAGAGCAGAUAAGCCUACACCCAUUCCUAAGGUUCUUUUAGACUGGCUCGAAGCCAAUGGUGCACCCCAGUCGACUGGCUUGCUGGAACUUAAAGAGGUUGAACCCAACCCUACCGCAUCUUCAAACUUUUGGGAAAUCGUCAAUGCUGCGGUGCUCCAUGGGCGCCUCGAAGACGCGGCGGGAAUCCUACGAUCUGCCGACUUUAACUAUGCCAGAUCAGCCUUGGAGGACGGGUUACCGCAGCCUGGUUACCGUGGGACACAACUGCAAAAUGUCCAGAGAUGUGUGAACAAAGCCCUCCAGAUCCUUGACUCAUGCCCUGGUUUACAACAUGAUGACUGGGAUAUCAAGGGCACUGAAUGGUCACUCUACAGAAAACGCGUGCUUAGUGUUGUCGCUGAUUUGGAGGAAUUCGCCGAGGGAGACGAGGAACAGCUGCCACCCCAACCACCUUUGAUGGACGCCCGGUUCCAGGCAGUCAACUUUGGAUUGACGUCGAACGGUGGCCCAGAACCAUUUUCCUUUGCGCAGUCUGCGCGCAUGGCAGAAAGCCGUGUUCCCUGGACGAUCUACCAGAACCUCAGGUCUCUGUACCGCAUCCUGCUAGGCGAUGCGGCUGCCAUCAUGAACCACUCCCAGGACUGGAUUGAGGCCACCAUCGGCCUGACCGUCUGGUGGGAUGGUGAGGAUGAUGCUGAGAUUUCUACGCAAGACCUCGGCGCCACUUUUAACUUCCAGCGAUCCCGCAUGCCUAAGUCGCAAGCCCCACGAGCCGUUGAUAGCAACCCAGAGGAGGCCUAUCUCCAUCGGCUCGACUUGGCCUUGAGCAGCGCUACCAGUGACAAGUCAGACGAGGCUGGUUUCCGCGUCAACUCCCUCAGUAGUCUCGAAGUGGGACUGGCAUCUGUCUUUGAGGGCAAUGUUGAGGGUGUGAUGGAGCUGUUGCAAACAUGGUCGCUUAGCAUUGCGUCCGCUGUGGCCGAAGUUGCAUCUGCCGGUGGUUGGCUGGAGUCUUCUGCUGGCACCAAGCCGUUAUCAGGUCUGAGUGAUAAUGACUUAAUGGUGCUCUCAUAUGGCCAAGACGGCAAUGCGCCUACGGGUCGUGUUCGCAAGGACGAUGUGCUGAGCGCCUAUGCAGCCGGCUUGUUCGAACGACCUUCUAUCGAAAACGAGAUCGGCACUAGGAGCGGAUGGGAACUGGCACUAGAGAUCUCGAGCCGGUUAGACGACUCGGACAAGAUGCAGAAAAGUGUGUCGGAGUUGUUGGACAAACUACCUCUUGACACCGCAGAACAAAUGGAUAAGGUAGUGUUGUUAUGCUCUGAACUGGGUUUGGACAAGGAGGGAAGAAGAGUUUCCGAGCGAUACGGUGACAUUACUGUCUCCAAAUCUGAAGAAUAUGGACUUGCCCUGGUGUGCUACGCUCGUGCACACAGUCGACGCAAGGUGAAGUCUGUCGUUGACCUGCUCAUCUCAUACAGUCUUGUCCAAUCACGCGCAUAUCCCGCAUCUCCAGACCUUGACGAGCAGCUUCGGACAUUGAUUCGCGAGCCCAAGACGUGCCUUUCCGCUAUUGCGUCUGUAGAUGAAGAGGCCGCUAGUAUUAUUCAGUUCUACUUCAGCGGUUACGCGACAUUGCGUCGAUUUUACGAGACUCGGGACGAAGCGGUGGGUCUCCAAGAGGGUCAGCGACCUCGGUUCAAGCCUUUGGCCAGGCGACGAGCGGCGGCUCAGGCGUUGGUUGCUGUCAUUGGCAGCGCUGCAGACAGUAUCUACGGUGGUCUCUAUGACCCUGAUCGGGACUCAGCAGUGCAGGUGGACGGAUUACUGGCGCUCUUGGGUGAGGCAUUGGCAUUGAUUAACCAAUCUACACCGAUCCUUUCCGUCAGCCAACAGUUUACGAUCUUGUCUGCGAUCGAGGACCUGGAAAGCGUGACUCCCCGUGUUUAUGCCCAGUGCGAGGAGUGUUUCCGUUCUACGCUGAUCGAGUACCAAUCUUCCGAAUCGGCCGUGGCUCCUCCUUCGCCGCGCACGCUGCUGAAGAAGUCCGUUUCGUCCCUGACUGCGUCGAGCACAUUUUCUUUUAUCGGCAAUGACAUGAUUGAGUCAGCUCGCACACGGUCCAUGUCUGGGUCCGGAUCCGCGGGCAGCUCGGCUGUCCUGGUACCUCGUCCCGGUGGCGGAAAGGCCUUGGUCUAUGAAAGAGGCUGGGACUGGCGUUCAGGUUUGCCCGAAGAAGUCAAGGGUGAAGAUAUCCUGCGGAUGUUGAGAUCAGGAUUAGCGAGAGGAUUGUGUUUCGGCGCUCUUGGGUCAAUUUAAUAGAGUAGGCGGGCAAAAGUUUCGGCGUGUAUGUGUAUUCUGCAGGAUCUGAGCCAGUUAGUUGUGUAUUAUGCAUAAUGGGUUAACUAUAAUUGUCAAAUGUCAUUUGACUCUGAUAAGCAGCGACCAACAUAAAAAGUCUUAAUUCAGUUAGUAUGGUUGACAGGCCCCCAAGUGAGCCAAUUCAAACCAGAUCAAAAGGC